CUGAGGAGAUUUGCCCGGUCUAGGUCAUACUUUGUGUUCUUGUUGUGUGUUUUAUAUUACGGGUCGAGUGUGUCCAGGUCAAACCCGGUUAACCCACCCCGCUAUAUUUACACCAUCAUUUUUGGCGCCACCCGUGGGACCGAUUUUUAAAGUUUUUCGACCAGGUCAAAACUUUACCCCCACUAAAUAUCCACAAACAUGUCUUCGAGCAACUACAACGCUGUGUCAAGCCAGGCUGCGAGUGAACGCACUCCUGCCAUCCCAUUGAUGAUGUCGAGCAUGGGGACGACCUUUGCUCCGAUCACUACUGUAGGAUCAAUUGGCAUGAUCCCAAUCAUGUCAACCCCAACUCCUACGCCGACGACAACAAUGUUCCCAGGCUCGAUAACAACGCCUGGUGGAGCAUUCACACCAUACCCGUCACCUUGGGCUCAGUUUGCUACUGACCCAGCAAAUGCUCAGGCUCUACAGGGCUAUCAACAGGUGAUGGCCAUGAUGCAACAGGCAGGUGGCUUCAUGCCAUUUGCCUAUCCUGGUAUGACGCCGCCAAUUAUGCCACCUCCGGUGUCGACCCCGUCGACAUUUGUCCCUAGGAUGGUCCCUAUACAUCCGGUGAAUUUGACGGGGACUUUGAAUGAAGCGGCGCCCUCAAAUGUCCAUGAAAUCAAUGAGGCGGAGCAGGAGGCGGCCCGCAGGAAGAAGGGUAAGGCUAUAGCCGAACCCAGCAAGACUCGAGAUUCGGCAUUCAAACUCCUAGGGGGCAAAGAGGAUGGACCCCGCAAGUCUGCCAAGCUACGUCUUGGUCCUGAGAUGGGCCGGACUAGCGCAAUGGAAAGACUUGGCGGGGGUCGUCACGCCCAAUCUCGUCGUUCUAGGGAAUCUGAGACGAUUCACCAAGACGAGGAGGAAGCAGAAAGCCAGCCGA